GUUCAAUAACUUAAAUCAUUUGUAUUGUCAUGUUUGACAAAAGGCUAAAAUAAAAAUAGUUUCUAUUCCUAAUUCGAAGAGCUUAGAUCUAUUGUAAAAUCUUGUUUCAAGGUGACAUAAUUGGGGGCGGGGAGAGGAAUAACAAGAGUUAUCGUUCUGCUUUCUUCCCUCAUUUAAAUCGCGACCGCAUGUUUUGUUUGGAAGAACGAUGUUUACUUUGUGACUAGCGAUGCUAUUAUACUUUAAGUAAUAUUCUAACCAGUGAGGAUUCAUUUCGCAUACAGAUUCUAAGUCUACUGAUUAUAGUAAAAGAUUCCCAAUGUCUGACAAUAAUAUAGAAGAAACUGAUGAAAAAAGUCAGAGUAUAACCAACAUACCCUGUAUGCGGAAUUCACUUCUGACUGGCUUGAGUAGCGGUAUAAUUGGUGGUUUGGCAUAUUUUUUAUUUACUAGCAAUGUACGGGUGGCAACCCAUGUUGGAGUUGGAACAUACGCUAUCCUAGCUACAGCAUCAUGGUCUUUCUGCCGAUACAACUACUCUAAAAUGAAAUUUCAACAGCGAGAAAUACGACAAGCCUUUCAAACAGCUGUAAUCCAAAAUGUAGAAAAAGAAAGUAACUUGCCAAAAGCAUAGUUGUUAAACUGUAUUAUUAGACUCAUUGAUUGGACUAAAUCUCAAUUACCGUAAUGAUAAUUGAAUCACUUAGUUAUGUCCCUUCGUUCACUUUUUGUGUGUGUGUGUGUGUGUAAAGCAGAAUAGAGUUUAAACCAGAAAUUUGGUUGAAAGCACUUAAAACAGCUAUAUCACUUUGUUUUUUGUUUUUUUUUGUUGGGUGGGAUCUUUUUUAAUGCCUGACAUGUUGAAUAUCUUAACAUGUUGAAUAUCUGACUCUACUAUUUAUCAAAAUGAAAUAAUAAAGACAAUAAAACUCC